GGUGAUGCCAAGGAUUUGUAACGUCCAUGAUGGCAGCUUUUCUAGAUGCGGGAUUCGAUACUGUUCCUGAAAAUGUAAUUAUAGAGAUAUUCUCCUUCCUUCCCGUGCGAGAUUUGCUAAGGAUAAGCAGGGUUUGUAAGAAAUGGCGUAGGCUUGUCUAUGAUAAGAAGCUGUGGGUUCAUGUGGACUUGACGCCUUACUCAUCAAAAGUAAAAUAUGAACUGAAUUGUGAAACGGACCUGGGAGACAUUUUACUGGUGCGGCUGGAAAAGCACCCAUGCCUCCUUUUUUCUAGUGGGUGGUUCUGCAAAGAAAUAGUUGUUGAAGCCCCUAGUGGCAGACAACAGCAUUUCCCAUAUCACCGAUGGAUGGUGAAACAAGAUACUUAUGACCUGCGAAUGGGAUCAGCUAAGAAAAUUUCAGAGGACUCUAAUCCAGUCCUCGUCGAACACAGGAAACAUGAGCUGAUGUACCUCCAGAGCCAACUGAAGUGGAGCCAUGCUACACCUGGCAUACCAGGACAUAUCCAAAGUGAAAACCCAAUGGAUCUUCCAUCAGAGUUGAAAUUUUCAUUUACCAAAUCAAUGGCUUUUUUCUUCAAUUCAAAGUCUGCUUUAGCAGAACUAAACCUGACACGUGUGAGUAAACGCAGUGCAGCCUGGAAAAACCUGGAGGAUAUUGGCCAAAUAUUCUCACAUAGCAAGACCUCAGUGUCAGACUAUGUGCAAACUCACUGGAAUGAGGAUGACUUCUUCGGUGGCCAGUAUCUCUUUGGAUGUAACCCCACUAUUAUCAAGAAGUGUAAUGCUUUGCCACCAAAUUUUGGUGUCAGACAUGAAAUGGUGGAACCUUUCCUGGAGGAAGGCACAUCACUGCAUGAUGAGAUAAAGAAAGGUAAUAUUUUCUUGGUGGAUUAUAAACUACUCGAUGGCAUAAAAGCAAACGUAAUUAAUAGAGAUCAGCAGUACUUACCAGCUCCAAUCUGUUUGCUAUAUAAAAACACAAAUAACCAGAUGCUGCCCAUUGCCAUUCAGCUAAUGCAGAGACCUGGUCCAGAGAACCCAGUGUUUCUGCCAUCUGACCCAGAGCAUGACUGGAUGCUUGCAAAAAUGUACACUCGCUCCGCUGAUUUCAGCUACCACCAGCUGGUCUCUCAUCUGCUGCAUACUCACCUACUGGCAGAGGUCUUCUGUAUGGCAACGUAUCGCCAGCUUCCCUCUGUUCACCCACUCUUCAAGCUCCUGAUGCCGCAUUUGAGGUACACUCUGCAGAUUAACAUCUUAGCAAGGAAACGUUUGUUGGGCAAGGGUGGAGUUUUUGAUCAGGCUAUCAGCACCGGUAGUGGCGGAGCUUUCAUUUUGCUACAGAAAGCCUUUACGUCCUUGACCUACACUGCCCUCUGUCUGCCAGAUGACAUAAUGGAUCGUGAUAUGGAAACUGUCCCCAACUAUUACUACAGAGACGAUGGACUUAGGCUGUGGGGAAUCAUUAACCGGUUUGUUGACAAGAUGGUUAAUUUUUACUAUCCCCGUAACUUUGACAUUGUGCAUGAUGUGGAGCUGCAAGAAUGGAUUAAAGAAAUUUUCACAGAGGGAUUUCUAAGCAGAAGUGAAACAGGAAUACCAAAGAGAUUUGACGCUAGUCAGCAGCUCAUCAAGUUUCUUACGAUGGUUAUAUUCACCUGCUCAGUCCAGCAUGCAGCCGUUAACAAUGGACAGUUUGACUUCUUCAGCUGGAUGCCUAAUGCUCCUCCCACAAUGUGUCGACCGCCUCCUACUGCUAAGGGACAAAUCACCAAGAAGGAUGUACUCAACAGUCUGGCCAACAUCAAGAGUACCUGCAAGGCAAUUUCUGUGCUCUGGCUGCUUACACGCAAAUCCAUGGAUUAUGUAACACUUGGCCAGUAUCCUGAUAAUUUUUUCAUCGAGGAGACUCCCCAGACAUUCUUCUCAGAAUUCCAGAAAGAACUGAAGGAGCUUAGUUCAGAAAUCAUGACUAGAAAUGAGGGCAUGGAGCUGCCUUACACUUACCUGCUACCGGACCUCAUCGAGAACAGUGUUACUAUUUGAAAUGAAGCCAAAAUAUGUGCUCUCUGUAACUAAUUAUCAUGAGACAGAAAACAAAUCUUAAUAUGUCAAAGAUAGAUAUGAUUUAGUCAUUGUUUCUUUGUUAUAGCCAUAUUAUAUCGAAUUAAAUCAAACCAAUACACAAUUUAUUAGUAGGUAGGACUACAAUGAUGUUACAUUUACAUAAAUAAAUAAAUGCUAAAAGUAUAAGUCAUAAUUUAAACUUGUAUGUUUCCCCUCACAUUUUUCCAGGUUAGGUAGUUUUCUGCUGUCAAAAUGCAACACUCUCCACUCAGAACGCUGAGAUGGGGAUCUAAGUCAAGUUUUACAAGAUGUCUUAUGAUGAAUCUGGGAUGAAAGGCUUCUCCCAUCUAUAAGUACAUGGAAAUGGCCAAGCCUAAAAUAUUCUUUCAUCAGUUUAACUGUACAGUAUGACAACUGUCAGAACGUGAAGAAUAAGCACUAAAUGCUUUCAAAUGUGAAGAGAUCAAAAACUUGGCAGCAGCUACUGAGAACAUUAAGGAAAUGAUAAAUGAAUAA